AUGAACCUCAAAUUCGCGCUCUCAACAUGCGCGCCCUUCACUUUGUUCUCUCUCGGUUCAUCUCCCACCCAUAGCCCUAAAACCGUAAACACCACGUUUCUCCAUUCCAUUCCAAAAACACGAACAGAUUGUGAGGAGAUUGCAACCUGCGACUGCAAAAAGGUGCAUCUCUUCACGGCGCACUCUUCACGGCGCACGCUCCUCAAAUUUGCUUUUUUGUUGAGCAUUGCUGCACCAGUUGUUGCGUGCUUCGUAAGUCGAUCAUUCAUUCCUUUCAUUCAGGUUAUCUUGAAAUUGUUUGAGCGUAAGACAAAUUUCUUCAUCCAUCUGUGGUGUUUACUGGAACGAACCAGGGAGGGCAGCUUAUCACUGUGCUCCGUUCUGUGCACAAGCCCACACCUUGAAUGAGGUAAUUGGGGGAAGCUUUCUUGUUGGUCUUGGUAUAGGUGUGAAUACCGUUCUUGUUCCAAUA